GGGCCUCCCCCACUGGCUGCCAACUCAGUGCUCAUGGCCGUGUCCCCGGCACCUGGGACAGGACAGCACAGCAGGCUCCGUGUGGUUCCCAGGAAACGUUUGUGGAAGGAGGGAAUGGAUCGAAGCCCCUCUCUGCCACACUUGGCUGGGUGAAGGAGAGAAGGCUGUGGCCAUGUGUCCCGUGGGAGCCGGCCCUCUUGAAUCGUAACAGCUUUGAAAAGUGGCUUGAGCCUCCCUGGCACCCCUCUGACCCUGACGCUCCCAUUCCAGGCAGGUGGACACGAACACCAAAAACGUCUUUGGACAACCGAGGUUGAGGGCAUCCCUCCGAGACCUCCGGUCGCCACGUAAGAACUACAAAUCCACCAUCGAGGAUGACCUGAAGAAACUUAUCAUCAUGGACAACCUGGGGCCAGAGCAGGAGAGAGACGCAGGAGCACCGCAGAAGGGCCUGCAGCGGACGCUGUCGGACGAGAGCCUGAGCAGCGGGCGCCGGGAGCCCAGCUUCGCCAGCCCCGCUGGCCUAGAGCCAGGGCUCCCCAGCGACGUGCUCUUCACCAGCACCUGCGCCUUCCCGUCCAGCACGCUGCCUGCACGCCGCCAGCACCAGCACCCCCACCCGCCCGGCGGCCCCGGCGCCACCCCUGCCACUGGCAGCGGCUUCCCUGAGAAGAAAUCCACCAUCUCGGCCUCGGAGCUCUCGCUGGCUGAUGGGCGGGACCGCCCCCUGCGGCGCCUGGACCCUGGGAUGAUGCCCCUGCCUGACACGGCUGCUGGCCUUGAGUGGUCCAGCCUGGUGAACGCAGCCAAGGCAUACGAAGUGCAAAGAGCCGUCUCACUCUUCUCUCUGAACGACCCGGCCCUGAGCCCGGACAUCCCGCCUGCACACAGUCCUGUCCACAGCCACCUGAGCCUGGAGAGGGGACCCCCGACCCCCAGGACCACCCCUACCAUGAGUGAGGAGCCGCCCCUGGAUCUGACAGGCAAGGUGUACCAGCUGGAGGUGAUGCUGAAACAGCUGCACACUGACCUGCAGAAGGAGAAGCAGGACAAGGUGGUGCUCCAGUCAGAGGUGGCCAGCCUGCGGCAGAACAACCAGCGGCUGCAGGAGGAGUCGCAGGCCGCCAGCGAGCAGCUGCGCAAGUUUGCCGAGAUCUUCUGCAGGGAGAAGAAGGAGCUCUGAGGCGGGAGGCCACCACCCGGCCUUCGCUCCUUCCCUGCAGGCCAUGGCCCUGCUCUCCUCUCUCCCUCCACUCGGCUCCCAGCUGCCCGUGUGACCAAGAUGACUCAGCCAGGGCCCUCCCCAUGGACACGGAAACCCCGAUGGCCUCACUAGGGCUGUGAGUCAGGGUCAGCACACGGCCCUCGUGCCCCAGUGGGCGACGUGGUCUCAGGCCUCCCUCCGAGCUGCCCAGCUGUGUUCCCGGUGAGCUGGGCCAUGCUCACACCGCGUCCGGGCCUGUCCCGCUGUCCCCGUCUAGCCUCUUCCUGGGACCAGCCCUCUGCAGCUGAUGGGGACAGACAGAGGAGCCAGUCUCCAGACCCCUCGGCUCCAGGAGGUCACAUAGCAGGUUUCUGCACCAUGCACAAGGACGCUGCAGCUUGUGGGGCCGAGGCCCCUGCAUGAAAAGUACAGCGUGAAAGCAACCCUUUCUUCCCCACACCCAGAGAGGUGAGGCCCGCGUGGACACAGACCAGGGCGCCUCGGUCCCUAGCGCGUGAGCUCCAAAAAGCACGAACAUGAUCCCCCCCAACCCCCUCCUCCCAAAAAGCUGCCAGGAGCACUUUCUUAGAGUUUAAAUUAUUUUCUUGGGGGCCUGAGGAUAGAGAGAGGCAAGGCCAGCCUCCAGAGCCAAUUUAUUUGAGAGAGAAACUCUAUUUGUACCUCCGGGACGGUUUAUAUGAUCUUUUUCUAUCAGCUCCUCUUCCACCAGAGGCCACUGCACCUGGGCUGGGGGUCCACAGGCCCCUCCACCUUCCAGCUAACCAGGUCAGGCCGGGGCGGUGGAGCCACCACACAGCCGACUCUCUCCUCCUCCCGGCACGACCUGGCCCUGACCAGCAGCCUCGGCUUCUUCUGGGCUCCAGGAGGGGCUCCCGAAGCCCUCAGUACAGGGCUGGAGGAGAACAGCCUUCACCUCCUCCUCUGGUUUUUUUUUCCUUUGCAAGUCUCCCAGCCCAUUCUCUCCGAGCAGCGACCACCAGGACCCCCUCACCGUGCUCCCUGGGGAACACUGCGCCCCGCGAACCCCACUGGAUGCUGGUUCUCUAAAGGCAAUAAGGAGCGGCCAUGCCGGUGUGGUACCACGCUGUUCACCCAGGAAACCGUUUCUUUUUUUCCUUCUUUAAAAACAAACAGAAAAAGAUAUAUAUAUAUAUAUAUAUAUUUAUUUUUUCAUGUAGAGUUGGCGCCAGAACAAGCCUAUAUGGCCACAGUCUGUGGAUUCACCCCCCAACCUCAAGCUGAGGACCAAGGCGUGUCCCCCGUGGGCUGGGGGUCAGUGGGAGGACCAGAGGGAGGAAGUCAGGGCAGGCGGGCAGGCUGGUGCCCUUUCUGGGAGGCACCAGGCGGGGAGGAGUUGGCAGAGCAGGUCUGGCCGUGAGCCAGCACCAGGCAACCCGGCCCUUGUCCAGGGACCCCUGCCACCUUCUCUCUGGGGUCAGGAACCUCAGGGAAGGGGGCUCCGGGGACUGCAUGGGACGCAGGCACUCAGAGAGGUGCCAGUGUGGGUGGGUGGGGGUGAGAGAAGAGGGUUCGCAUCGGUCUCCUGUGAUCAGCCUCUGGCCCCCUGGAGGAGGAACCCUUAGCGCUGCCCCUGCCCCUACCCUCACCCCCCACACCGAGAGUGAGGUGGGCGUGCCCCAGGCAGCGUCCUCAGCCCUGGCCAGCUACUGUGAUGCCAUCUUCUCCCCCAUCCCCUUCUCUGGGGGACCCUCCCGUCCCCCACCCCCACCCCUUAGACCCUAAUCGGGCCCCUUUUGUUUUCUUCAGUUGUCUCCUCCCAUCUUCAGAUCAUUCGAAUCAUUUUGGGGACUUAAUCAUGUACAUGGACAAGUGAAAAUUAUGAUUUUUUGUUUUGUUUUGUUUUGUUUUUUUAAGGAUUUCUGCAAAAACAGAUCUAUUUAAUUUGAGGUUGGUGUUCUAUCUGAUGGCUGAAGAUAGCAGCAGGUUUUUUUUUUUUUUUUUUCCCAUAUGUUGAUUUUUUCAUUUGGAUUUUUUAUUAUUAUUCUUUAUUGUCUUUUUUUCCCCCCCAUCCCUGUCUUGAGAUUUUCUGGCAUGUUUCUGGAGGUUUCAAAGGAAAUAAAUGUUUCAUAGAAA